AUGGAGAGCCACUUCGAGCGAGUGCUGGCUACGGAGGCCGUUCCUAAACGCCCUGCUGUCUUAACGUCCCCAUCUCAUGCUGCUAAACGUACUUGUGUAUUUCAUGAAGCUACUAAUGCAAAAAUAAGUGCAAUUGUCGAUAGUGCUGAGGCACAGGAAGGUGACGCGCUGGAUGCCCGAGCACUCAAGUCCAUGGUCAAUUCUUUGAAGAAACAGGUACAACGCAACGCUUUAGCCCGGGAAAAACACGCAGAUGAACCGACGAAAUUCCUCGAGUCAGAGCUGGCGCUCGACAGUGAGUUGAUACGCUGGAAACAAGUAGCAGCCAAACCGGAGCUCUUCGCCGUCAUGACGGAGCUGCACGUGCCUCGGAUGCUGCUGGGACUCUUUGCACACGAGAAUCUGGACAUUCGAUUGGCUGUAAUAAGUCUAUUGGCCGAGCUGACGGACGUGGAUGAUGCUGUAGAGUCCUUGGAGCCAACGAGGAACCUGGCCCAGCAUCUUGUGGACGAGAAAUUGCUGCCGUUAUUGGUCACUAACUUGUUUCAACUGGCUGCUGCAACGAAUCAGGUGAACGAAGAUCAGAUGGAUGAAGAGAUAACGGGGAUUUACAAUUCGCUGCAGAUUUUAGAGAAUCUGGCGGAUCUAGAGCCGAAAAUGUGUGUGGAAGUGGUGAAGAAGACGGCGAUACUGCCGUUUUUGUUGACACAAGUAGCCCCUGCGAAGAUGUUUAGUGAGAACAAGUUGUAUGCAAGUGAGAUUCUGUCGAUUUUACUGCAGUCUGGGCCAGAACCGAGAGAGAAAUUUGUGGCGUGGAUGGGGAACGAUCGGCCGAAAGAGGAGAAGGAGGUUGCGACGAAGAAGGAGGUUGAGACGAAGAAGGAAAAGAGCAGCAAGGUAGAUCUCAUGGAUGACUUGUUGCAAGCGCUGGCGCCGUAUCGGAAAAAGGAUCCAGCCAGUGAGGAAGAAGAGGAGCUGGUAGGGAACUUGGUGAAUGCUCUGUGUAGUGUUUUGCUCGUGCCGGAAGCACAGAAGCAAUUUCGUCGCCUGGAAGGAUUGGAGCUGCUACUGCGUUGUAUGAAGGAUCGUAAGCGGUUCAUGUUUAGUGGCGCAUUGCGUGGUAUGGACCACGCACUUAUGGACAACGCGCGCAACUGCGAACGCUUGAUUGAAGUCGGUGGUCUUCCUAGCGUUUUCUCGGUAUUCAUGGGACGGCACGGUAAGUACGAGUUAAGCAGCAAUAAGAAAGCUAGCAAAGCGAGUGAGCGUGCCAAGGAGGAAGAACACGCAGCUAGUUUGAUAGCUUCCAUGUGUGCUUGGGUGCGUGAAGAUGCUCCUGCUGAUGGCUAUGACCGUCUCUAUGCCAAGUUUGUUGAAAACGAGAUGGAGAAAAUCGAUCGAUUGGUGGAUCUGUUUGCUAAGUAUCACGAGCGCGUUGAACGUAGCAGUCAUCAUCUUGACGAAGAAGAAGAUGAAGAUAGUCACUACUUGCGACGUCUGGACGCCGGUUUGUUUGUGCUCGAGCGGAUUGCAUUUGUGGUGGCGCAUUUGUGCCGUUUUUCAACGAAACUGCGGGCCUGCGUGAUGGUCAAGUUUUACGAGCGCAAUAUGGAUAGUGAGAGUCUAACAGCUAUUUUACGCGAGCAAUUAGAGCUUUUGAUUGCCGAUGAAGGUGUUGAGCACAAUGAUGACGGAUCGAGCGCGAAUGAAGUGAAGGAAGUUGUCAAUGCCAAAGCCAAGGAAAUUCAAAAAGUGCAGCUCCGACAAUUGUUAGCGAUACUUGAAAAAGACGAAGUAAUCCGAGAUGAGAAGGAAGUCACAGAGCAGAUGGAGACGGAUCAAAUGGAAAAAUAG